AUGUGUACUGUCGUAUUGAGAUUAACAUUACUACUCAUAAAUGCUUUAGUUGGACUAUCAGCGUUAAUAGUUUCAUCGUUUGGUGCAAUUUUAACAUGGGGCAAAGAAACUAUAACAAGAGAAUUAGAUGAGGUAAUUGGUCCAAUGAUUAAGAAAAUGUAUGAUGAUGAAGUAGCACAAGAUUUCACAGAUGUAGCAUCUGCUAUCUUACAAUUAACAAGUCCAUUCGGUUUGAUUUUAUUUAUACUAGGAUUAGUAGCCUUGGCUAUUUGUUUAUUUGGUUUCUGUGGAGCAAGUUGUAAGAGUAUUCUUUGCCUCAGAGUGUACAUUGGAUUACUUUUAGUAUUGAUCGUUAUUGAGAUUACUGCGAUGAGUUUUUACUAUACCAAUCGAGAAACAGUAUUUAAGUUAGCUAGAAAUAUUGCUUAUAAGUCAUUGCAAAAUUAUCGUUCCGUUGGUUCUAAUAAUACGGAUAGUAUACUAUAUUCAGUUAUUAUGCCAACUCUAAAUUGUUGUGGACUAUUGAAUGGAUCAGAUUUUGAUAAUUCACCUAAUUUUCAAAGACAAGUACUUUUUAAUCAACAAAAUUUCGAUUUGAAAUAUCCUAUUCCAUGUUGUAAAAUGGAUGCCAAAUUUGUUGUACUUGAUCCAACAUGUCCAGGAGAAUUUAAUAGUAAGAAUUCAAAUAUUCAUGAAGGUUGUUGGACAAAACUACGAAAGAUAAUUAGUUUCUAUGGUGGUUUAAUUAUGAUUUGUGGAUUGAUUGUCAUUUUAUUUCAACUUCUAUUGGUUAUCGGAACAACAGUGAUACUGACCACUGGAUAUCCUUAA